CCCCGCAUAAAAGCAGUCAAUGUACGGUAUAAAACAUGACUAAACAAAUUAUAUAGGUGUAAUAUAUAGGGGCCAUUUGGCCCUGAAGGCUUAGGUAUUAACGACACAUCAUACCGCCAUUGACACCUGGGAGUGUAAAAAUGGCAGCCGGAGGGCGCUAUGAAUCCUACGAAAGCGAUGAUAGCUACACAUAUACCGAUGAUGAUGCUUAUGAUUACGAUGAUUUCGUAGUCAGCGGGCAAAAGAAGACUAAAUCAGCGGGAGCAAAGACCCAGGGAUAUAACAAAUCGCAUACAACAGCCACUAAAACGAACUCUAAACAACUGCAACCUAAGCCAUCUGGCACUGUAUAUCAUGGUAGCGAAUCAAAUGCUUCGUAUGCCACUGGAGAUUCCAGUACUGUAGCUCCACUAGACAAGUUGACUGGAAAGAAUAAAGCAGUAACAAGAACACAGGCCGUCCAAUCAGGUACGAUUACAUCCUUAAAUGUAGUGGUCUGUGGGCGAGUAGAUGUAGGAAAAUCUACUCUAUUAGGACACCUACUGACUUUGCUAGGAGCAGUAGAUUCCAGAUUACUUAGAGAGAGCGACAUGGCCUGGAUCCUAGACCAAGGUGAAGAUGAAAGAGCCCGUGGGAUAACUAUAGAUCCGACAAAAGCGUCCGCUAUUAUAAACUUGAGGGAACCUAGUGAAAGUAACGCAGGAUCGCCAACGGAAGAAAUGGCUGUCACUUAUCCUGUGAACGUGAAAAUAGAUUUUAUCGAUACUCCAGGACACCAUGAUUUAAUAGCAAACCUGGUUAAAGGCGCAUCAUUUGCAAGAGCAGCUAUAGUAGUGGUGGAUAUUUUGGACUUUUUAAAAGAAGAUAAAUAUGGCUACUUUGAGCAACACCUUUUUAUUUUGUGGGCGUUAGGAGUUCGCGAAUUUAUCAUUUGCGUGAACAAAGUGGAUAGAUUAGAAGAUGUCCAGAUGUACAAAGAGGCUGAAAGCCGGGUUAAAGAGCUCACAAAACCAUUUACUGGGUCAACGUCUAUCACUAUUAUACCCACAUCAGGAUUAAAUGGAAUUAAUCUAGUUAAACGUGAUGAUUCAUGGGGAUCUGGAACUUCACUGGUAGAAGCUUUGCGCCAGGUUGCUCGUAAGACAGUGAGAGGAAGUCAUACACAAAACAGUAUAAUGACGCCUCCCGAUGCUAUCGUAGGCCACAUUUUUGAUAUGUGGGAAAAUUCCAAGAAGCAGGUUGGAUGUUCCUGUUUUAUGGAAACUAAAAUACGUACCCCCUCUAAGCUGGUGUCCUUACCAAGUGGUAACCCGGUGACCUGCAGUGAAAUGUCCAGCCUGCUGCCAACAAAUCAAUGUGAUGUGUCAGAGCCAAUACCGGAUAAUGACACGGACUUGUCAUCACUUAUGACUCAGAUGAAGCUCACCAAGGCCUCUUCAGCAUAUGCGUACGACUUUGUUGAUAACAUGAUAUUGCGUGACCAGGAAGUACAAGCGCUUGCAGGUGAUCGGUUGUUAGUUGACAAGGGUACUUUCGGGAGUAUUCGCUCGGGACUCGCUUUCAUUAGUGAGACCCAACGGGUAAUCUGCCAGGUGUUCGUGUCUCCAAAAGCACGCCAUAGGCUGACACUAGGCUUCGACCUUGAGGUUUUCAUCGGUUGCUUCCAACGAUCUGGAGCAGUACUGUCAGUAUGGGAGCGCGCAACUACCGGUACCUGGAAGCGACUUACAUCACUCGGCCCUGGUAAGGAAGGUGUAUUGCUGCUACAACUUAUAGCACCAGUAUACGUCCAAUCACUGCCCUUGGAGAAUGCAAAAAGCGUUGCUCCUGAUAUGGUGGCUAGCACAGAAGCACAACGUCCAUGGAUACCACUACUCAGUAGAAUACUUCUUAAGGUCGGCCCUGAUGUCAUAGCAGGAGGCAUAAUAGUUAACAAAACACCCUAAAAUGCUAUACACAUGUUAUGUACAUAGACGUUUGCCAAUA